AUGCAAGACUUACCACCUAUUGCAGGAUACGAACCUAUCCAAUGGAAGAGAAACCUUCCAGCUAGAGGUUUUAGAGGAUCAGUUUUCUUUUGGGGGAUUGUGGGAGUAAUGGCAUUUGGAUUCUAUAGACAUCAUCUUGGAACAGCUGAACAACGUGAAUUAACUAGAGAAAAGAGGUGGGCUCGUUUCCAUUUAGAACCAUUAUUGUUGGCUGAAGAAGAUAGAAAUAUUGCUAGAAGAUAUUAUGCUGAAAUGACUAGACAAGAAUUGAUUAGAGAAUCAAUGAGUCCUGAAACUAGAGCUAAAUUUGAUCAAGAAAUUUAUCAUGAUAAAUCCAAGUUCCGUUUCCCAAGAUAUACUGCCGGUGUUGAUCCAGAUGAUUUUUAA